AUGGCUUCCUGCUCCUCCACCGUGCCGUCUCUCCGCCAUCCGUUCCCGAGGAUCCUAUCGCCGCGUCUCUCCGGUGGGCGGUCCAGUGGAGUCUCGUUCUGCCUGGGAAGCGGAAUUCCUCCCUCCCCGUCUCCUCCCUCCAAGGAGAAGCCAAGCGGCGGCGGCGGCGGCGGCGGUGGCUCGUGGGUCAGCCCGGACUGGCUCACCUCCCUGGCCCGUUCCUUCGCCGGGAAGGACGAAUCCGGCAUUCCUGUGGCGAACGCCAAGCUCGAUGAUAUCUCUGAUCUCCUCGGGGGUGCCCUCUUCCUCCCGCUGUUCAAGUGGAUGGAGCUGUACGGCCCAGUUUACCGCCUCGCAGCUGGACCGCGCAACUUUGUCGUCGUCAGCAAUCCAGCGAUUGCGAAGCACGUUCUGAGGAACUACGGCAAGUACGCGAAGGGGUUGGUUGCCGAGGUCUCCGAGUUCCUCUUCGGCUCGGGCUUCGCCAUUGCUGAGGGUCAGCUCUGGACGGUAUACAAUGUUCCCCAAUAAUUUACCUGACUUCUCAUUGUGAGAGAAAUGGACCUUUCUUCUUCAUGGAGCGUUUUGUGCAGGUGAGGCGGAGGGCCGUUGUGCCAGCCCUUCACAAAAGAUACCUGUCUGUGAUGGUGGACAAGGUUUUCUCCAAAUGUGCGCUGAGGUUGGUGGAGAAGCUCAAGUCAGAGGCUCUGAGCGGUUCCCCAGUGAACAUGGAAGCGAAGUUCUCCCAAUUGACUCUGGACGUGAUUGGUCUCUCGGUAUUCAACUAUAAUUUUGACUCACUCUCCUCAGAUAGCCCCGUAAUUGAGGCUGUUUACACCGCGUUGAAAGAGGCGGAAGCUCGUUCCACUGACAUCUUGCCCUAUUGGAAGGCAGGUUCUCAUGACAUUUUCUUUCUUUUCCACCUCAUUCUCUUGAAGCUAUCAUGAGUAGGGUGCCCCAUAGUUCGCUGUUCUUGUGUGGCGGUAAGGCAACCUUUCUGGUCAGGGGAGUUCCUGUCCAUCCUUGGAAAUUAAAAAAAAAAAGUGAGGUCUUCAAUUCCAGAUAGGAAUUCUGCCAAGAAAGAGUUAUUACUUAGCUGAUUGAUGCAGGAAUGUACCUAGAAAGCUGCAUCCUUGUCUUCAUGCACGUACCUAAUCUGUUCUUAACACAAUUUUUUUAUCAAAAGUACCUUUUUUUACGAUCUCAAAAAUUUGAGGACAUGUUAAAUUAACGCUGUCCCAUGCCCGGCUCGAAUUUCAAUUGAUUGGUCGGUAUUCAGUUAUGACGUGCUUCUGAACAGUCAAUCUCUUGUCACUUCUUUAUCAAUUAUUCUACUAAUGAAAAAAAAAGACAGCUUCUCUCUAGUUGUACUAGUUUGGUAUUUUCUACCACUCCAAGUAUCCUGGUGCACAACUGCAAUUUUACUUUUGUUUUAAUGGUAGUGUUUAUUGUUGACUCAUUUUAUACUUCCAUGUGGCAGAUUGAAUUCCUACGUAGGAUAAUUCCAAGACAGAUUAAAGCAGAAGAAGCAGUUAUUCUAAUACGGAAGACUGUUGAAGAGCUUAUCACAAAGUGCAAGGAAAUAGUAGAAGCUGAAGGCGAACAGUUAGAUGAGGAAGACUAUAUAAAUGAUGGUGAUCCAAGUAUCCUUCGAUUCCUGUUGGCAAGCCGAGAAGAGGUACACUGAUUUCCUUGAAAACUGCUUUGAUUUACCAAACUGUCCAAGUUCUAUUUUUGGUGUUUGCUUAUUGUUUCAGUUAGGAAUGAUCAGUUUUCUGCACAUAUACGAUAAUUGUCUUUGGAAGGAGCUUGCAUUGUUGUAAUUUCAUUUCGGCUGUGAUUGAACAAAAUUUCAAUAUCCAACAUUGAUGAAGCAUAUCACUGAGAAUCACUGUUGUAAUGAAAAAUUCGUGAUCGUGGCAAGCAAAAGACAUGUGUUUUAUUUUAUUCUAUGAAUGCUUAAAAUUUUUAGGCUUAACCGUCGAGUCUUAUGAAAGGUGUUCCGAGACAUUACUUGGGGCCUCUUUAGUUUUUUUUUUCUUAAUUUUGAUUUUUAAUUUUGAACGAGGGGGUGGUUGUUGUUAAUGUCCUUGAAAGUUGAAACAACCGAACGCGAGCAUGAAUAUAGAUGUCUCCCGCUCGAUACUUUACCAAAUUCGUUAAUUCUUCUUUGAAAUAUCAUCAUCCGAUCUCCCAGUUUUUUGAACAAAAAUCUCAUUGGUUUUCGAGGCACUUCUGGCUUUCAGAUGAAAGGAACUUGUAAAAUCGAUUCUCGUUUAACUGUCAUUUGUGUUGCUCAGUAUAAGAGAGGUUUGAUUUGUCUGACCUUGUUUCACAGUGCAAAGCAAACAUCUCAUGAAAACAUCUAUAUCCUUGGAAUUAAGAGAAAGUUUUGCAACCUAAGCUCCAAUGCUGCCUCCGUCAGUCUCUAUUCCACCUUUUUAAUUGCCCUAUUCCUCUUGCCAUUUGGCCAGUUGUGCUCUACUUUUUGUUUCUGAAGGGAAUAAACCUUAACCCCCAUUUUCUUUCUUCUGAUGAUACCUAUUUUCCUGCAGACCCCCUUUCUUGAUGGACAGUAUGGUGACACUUGACAUAGCUGAUUCAGAAAGGUUACAAUUACCCCUGGCUGAUAGGUGUCUCAUCCUUCAGUUUUUAGUCAAGUUUCCCAAUCAUUCCAUUUCAAUACUACUUAGGGGUCUAUCGUAGGGCUGGAUAGUUGUUGGAAAAUUUCCUCGCUUCCAUCCUAUCUUUUCUUUUUCAUGGUAUUCGAACUUUCACUGUGUGUUACCUGGUACAAUUAAUUUCGAAGCCUGAGGUUGCCUUCUGCAGUAAUAGUUUUUGUUGUUUUCUAUCUCGUCAAGCUGGCUCGAUGAAAAAGCAAGGCUUUCUUUUAACAUUGCGGAUUAGUGAUUCCAAUGUUAUUUUAUAACAAAAAACGUCUUUGAUAAAAGUGAUCUUCCUGUACUUUUCUCACUUGUAGCUGAACAUCCACGAUAGACCGUCCUGAUGUAACCUUAUCGAUCCUCGAGGAAAACGACAAUAGUUGCCAUCCUUUUGAUCGGAACGAACAAAUUUCUCUCAUAAUGCAUCCAUUUAUGCAAUAGAUUCGUUUCUAUUCCAAACUUCAUCAGAAAUAAAAUUCUGUUGAGGAAAGGGUACUCCCUUGUGGAUUAGAUCGUCUAUGAUUGUGUCCGUUCUAGAUUGUCAAAAUUCAGAAUUCUCUGUCCAUUUAUCACUUUAACCUUCUCUGGGAUCUCUGUAGUGUUAGUCAUUUUUAGUCCUCGCCCUGGCAUACAACAUAACUUUUUGUUGGAGAAUUUCCUCAGGUCACCAUCAUUCAGAUGAUGCCACUUGAUAUAUUCAUAUUCGGAUCUCUGGGUAUUGUGUUUGAUUAGUUCGUCAUCAAGUAAUCCCUGACCGUUGAUGUGCUUAGUUUGAAACUAAUGUGGUAUUCCUUCUGCAUAGUUUGGCACAUAAUAUGAGGGACUGUCAUAUUUCAGGUUUCUAGUACGCAGCUAAGGGAUGACCUUUUAUCUAUGCUAGUUGCUGGCCAUGAGACAACUGGCUCAGUUUUGACGUGGACACUAUAUCUUCUUAGCAAGGUAUUGCUGACGCAUUGAUGCUAUUACCCUGUUUUUAUGGUUUUGACUCAUUUAUGCCCAGGGAUAUUUAUAUUUUGUUAUUGAUGGCACAUGCCGUCGUUAACAAAAUGAAAAAUAUCUACAAGUAUGGAGGUCUUUAUCGUUAAAGAGAGGAACAUCUGUGUAUACUACUGUGGACUCUGAACAAAAGGAAAGCCAAUAACAGUUCCACUACUGUUUUAGAAAAUGGCUUUUGCUGCAAACUCAAUUCUUGGCCACCAUUUAUCUCCUCAGUUAAUACUAGCUCAGUUAUGCAUACAGGGGCCAGCUCAUUCGUUGGCAAUCUCUUUAAGCCUAUUCAUCUUCUUUUUGAAGAAAAGAGAUAAAAGACACCUUGAAGGAUCAUACAGCCGAAAUUCUGGCUAGGAACAAUCAGCAGUCUCACCGCUUGCUUUUCAGCUGUCUGUUUAUUGAAUGUGUCUAUCAUAUCUUCCUUUAUAGUUUCUGGUCACUUAUUCCCAUCCCAGGACUCAGCGGCUUUGUCAAGAGCACAAGACGAAGUUGACAGAGUUCUACAGGGUAGAGCUCCUCGUUAUGAGGAUAUCAAAGAGCUUAAGUACCUAACGCGUUGCAUUUAUGAGUCAAUGCGUUUGUAUCCACAUCCGCCGGUAGGUUGAAAUUCCUUCUGUUUUUUGUUAGCGUCGCAUUCCAGUUUUUCUGUAAAAUAGUUUGCUUAUCAACAUAUUUAAUAGGUAUUGAUUAGGCGGGCUCAAGUCGAAGAUAUUCUUCCCGGUGAUUACAAGGUUGGUGCUGGCCAAGAUAUAAUGAUUUCGGUGUACAACAUCCAUCGAUCAUCAGAGGUACAUUACUUGAUCUUCAAUACCCUGAAAUUUCAUUUUUAAUGCAUCGAGCAUAUAAAAUUUCUUAGUAUGAAGCGCAUAGUAAAAGUUAUGAAGAUAAGUAUAAUUUUAAUAUGCUUUCUUUGUUUUGGAAAGAUGAACUGAGAUAUUCAUUAGGUUGUAUAUGGGAUGAAAUCAUGUCCAUGGAUAUAUGGACGGGCCUUGGACUAUGUCGUCAGUGCCUGUAUUAAAACACAAAUUUAAGACGAUUAGCCUCUGAGGAAAUUCCGUGAUUAACCCAGCCAAACUUUGGAUGGUGACCGGUGAAAUAUGUGGUGAUGUGAUGGGUGCUUGUUCCAAAUAAUAUUGGAAAUAAUCUCGUAUGUGCAUCCGAGGUUUACAGAUUGCAAAAAUAUACUCACCUAUUGAAAUGCAUAUCCAAUACUGAACAUUACUUGCUUCACAUGCGCUGACUACCUUCUUUUGUCACCAUGUUUCCAGGUCUGGGACAGAGCGGAAGAAUUCAUUCCUGAACGAUUUGACCUGGAAGGAUCCGCACCAAACGAGACAAAUACCGAUUUCAGGUCUAUAAUUUUAUUUUUUUCUUUUGUAUGUCGGCAAAGGUAUAAACUAUUUCUGCUACGUAUCUGAUGCAUGAUCAGACCCUUCAACGUUGGUCAUAAAAUGAUUACAUGAUAUUAAUUUUGGGUAAUUCUUUGCUGGUCGAAUAUCUUUGCUUCAUAUUUUGUCAUUAUAUUUUUAUUUCUACCAUCCCUUCAGUCUGUAGGCUCCGAAUCUGUCUUUACCACUGCUUUCUGUUUCAUGUGAAAGAGAUGCGCUUUUGUUCAACCCCAUCUCAGUUGCAUUCGGUCCGUUCCCUUUAGCUGGAUCGACUCUAAUGCCCAUGGCAUAUUUCUCAUAGAUUUAUCCCCUUCAGUGGAGGACCCCGGAAAUGUGUGGGUGACCAGUUUGCAUUGUUGGAGGCAAUCGUCGCUCUUGCUGUAUUUGUCCAGCAUAUGGACUUCAAGCUGGUUCCUGAUCAGAAGAUCCUCAUGACAACGGGAGCGACCAUCCAUACAACCAAUGUAAGUGCGGAUAAAGUGAUUCCAUGCAACAGGAAGAUUGUGCAUCAUUUAUAGGAAGAAAAAAAGAAACAAGUCUUCUUCCUCCCCCACAGAUGUUUCAUUGUUCGUUUAAAAGAGUAAUUUCUUCUUGCUUUCGCACCUUAUUAGUGAACAUAUGAUCAACUAAUUCUUUUCCUCAAUGACACAGUUUUGAAUGUUGAAUUCCCUCUCCUGAUAAAACCUGCGGGGUAUCUCCUUAAUCUGUCGGUUUUCUGAACUUCUCGGCAUGGAAUUGAUAAAUAAGUUAUCUUAUUCAAGAUAGACAUUGAUCACCCUCCACGUAUAAAACAUACAUAUAAUAUGCACAUAAUCGAAUCCUAGAUCUAUAUUCUCAUCUUGCAAUUUGAUAGAAUCACUAUUAUCUAAAGAAACUUAACGUCCUAUGAAAAAAAAGAAAAAAAAGAAGAAAAAACCAAAAUAUAUUAUCCCUUGCUUGACCAUAACUGUUUGGAACAAGAAAUCACAGCACGCGAGAGGAUUUAUUGUGGGUUUUAUGAUUUUUUUAAUGGCCUUCCUUUUGCAGGGCUUGUACAUGACUCUCAGCCCGCGGAAACCUUAG